CAGGCACAACCUCACAAGAAUCGCUGAUGCGCCUAAGCCGAUCGUUCCCCACAUACACCGUGCGUCAAGCAACGCCCGGGGGCGCCACUACUGUGCUACUACUGUACUACUACCUAUAAAGGACCGCCCGCCCUCACCUUCACUUCGUUUGGCACACGACCAAAACUGCAUUCUUAAUUUCGAUAGCGAGCCGAAUUUUCGAACCUACCAACUACACUACAACUACACUACAACUACAGUCACCACCAAACAAUUUGCUGUCACCGGUCAAACAGGGGAAAACACUGAAGACCCUCUGGCAUCGUCAUUGCUCAGCUGAUUGCGGAUAACAUACAACGUCUAAUCAUUGACGUCUGGAGGCCUUCGCAUCACCAUGGCACCCAGCGCGGUACGCCCAGAGUCUCCAACGGCGUACUCUCACCCACUCAAACAGUCAAGACAGGGCGCUACCUCACUUGAAGCGCAGACACCAGUCAAUGGUCAUGUCUCGCUGAAUGCCUCCACCGACGGCAACGGCCAUACAAAUGGCCACAACGGUGUUCAUAACAACAAUGGUCAUGCUACUCGUCCACAGAACGGCAGAGACGUUGUCACAUCACAGUUCCUACUCGAGCAGUCGCAGAAGAUUGCGUCUGGAAGUGGUCAAGGCUCGUCGAGGAAGCCAAACAUCUUGUACAUCAUGGCUGAUCAGAUGACCGCACCGCUUCUGAAGAUGUAUAACCUAGACUCAGUUAUCAAGACUCCCAAUCUUGACAAACUCGCAGAGACUGGCGUUGUGUUUUCCAGCGCCUACUGCAACUCACCUCUUUGUGCGCCAUCGAGGUUCACUAUGUGCACAGGACAGCUUCCUUCUAAGAUUGGCGGCUACGAUAACGCGUCCAUACUUGCACCUGAAGUUCCUACUUAUGCCCAUUAUCUCAGGGCUGAAGGGUAUGAGACCGCCCUUGCUGGUAAGAUGCACUUCAUCGGUCCCGAUCAGCUUCACGGGUUCGAGCACAGGCUUACGACAGAUAUCUAUCCUGCUGACUUAGGAUGGUCAGUGAACUGGGACAAGCCUGAGGAGCGACAGGAGUGGUUCCACAACAUGUCUUCCGUCUUGCAAGCGGGCCCUACCGUGCGAACCAACCAGCUCGACUAUGAUGAGGAAGUCAUGUUCAAGUCUUCUCAAUUCUUACACGAGUAUGUUCGCGAGCCAGCUGAGACGCGUCGUCCCUUCGCUCUUACUGUCUCCUUGACACACCCUCAUGAUCCUUACGCCAUGCUACGGAAGUAUUGGGAUCUGUAUGAGGAUGUCGACAUCCCUCUACCUGAAUUAGAGAUUCCUCAAGACGAGCAGGAUCCCCAUUCUCAACGUAUCAUGAAGUGCAUCGACCUUUGGAACAACCCUGUUCCCGAUGAGGCGAAGUUACGCGCUCGCCGUGCAUACUUUGCUGAAUGCAGUUUCGUCGACGACCAGGUGGGAAAACUCGUGCAAAUUCUCAAGGACUCUUACCUCGACGAAGACACCAUCAUUGUCUUCUCAGGUGAUCAUGGCGACAUGCUCGGCGAGCGUGGCCUUUGGUACAAGAUGUCUUGGUUCGAGAACAGCGCACGCGUGCCCAUGCUUAUCAACUACCCCUCCAAGUUUCAGCCGAAGCGUGUGACAGAGUCGGUGUCCACCAUGGAUCUUCUCCCGACAUUCGUUGAUCUUGCGGGAGGAGACGCAUCAGCUAUUCUACCCAUUGAUGGUGUCAGUCUCUACGACUACCUGGUCUCGGAUAAACCUGGCAAGGACGAGGUCUUUGGUGAAUACAUGGGCGAGAGCACUGUUACCCCUACCUACAUGAUUCGUCGUCAUCAGUGGAAGUACACCUGCUCCCUGGUUGAUCCAGCGCAACUGUUUGACCUAGUCAACGACCCCAAGGAGCUCAACAACCUGGCUCUUUCUGACAAGUCCCAGCACCAAGAGGUGUUUAACAAAUUUGAGGCCGAAGCUCGCGCCAAAUGGGAUUUCCAGCAGAUCCACAGAGAUGCGCUGAAGAGCCAACGCUACCGCCGGACCUGCUGGAAGGCCUUGCAACUUGGCCGUAGGGAGCACUGGGACUACGAGCCACCUGCGUCUGGUAGAGACAAGUUCAUCCGCUCUCACAUUCCACUAGACGAUCUCGAACUUCGGGCUCGAUUUCCUGUUGUCGAUCAGUUCGGCCGCGAGCAGUCUGCUACUGCGACGCACCACGGCCUUGCCGGCGCCCGCGGCGAGUAAGGCGAGCACCUCCCGACUCUCUCCUUCUCUCUCAUUUGCAACCUUCCGAGCGAUCUAUGCAUGAUGACUUUACGACUUCAACGGCGUUCAGGUUCUGAGAUACACCAGCACGCGAUGCAUAGCGGGUUUUCAAAGCAAGAGUAAAAGUCUUCGACGAAGUAUACGAGCACACAUGUAAUCUAACUAAAAGUGAAUGCAAACAUCAUAAGCACUAGGACGAUAAAUCGGGAUGACGAUGUU